UUAAAUCCCCCCAAACCCAAAAAGAUCGCGAAAGUUAGUUUCGCUCCCAACCCGCCGCACCACCUCGCGCUCGCCGCCACCGCGCGCCGCGCCGGCGCCGCCGCCGUCUCCUCCCCUACAAAAUCCUCCGCCGCAGAUCACUCUCUCCACCCGCGGAGCGCCUCCUCUCCUCCCCCACCGCCACCGCCACCGCCUACUCCUUCUCCCGCUUCGAUCGAAACCCUCGGGAGCUCUCGCCGCGGCCGCCGCGCGCGAGUGCGAGCAGUAUCAGAUGAAGGGCGGCGCGUGGAAGCAGAGCGGCGUGGCCGAUCACGUUGGCUACCUCGGCGGCGGAGGCGGGGCGCUGGUCGGCCGCGCGCGACGGGCGAGGCUGUGCCUCUACGGCCUCGCGCUCGCCUUCGGCGCGUUCGCGGCGUUCCUCGCCUUCGCGCCCUCGCUUCCGGCGCCGCCGCCCUCCUCGCCGGCGGCAGCGUGGUUCGACGGCCUCCUCGCCUCCGCGUCGCCCUACCGCGCGCAGGUCUCGGGCUACUUCUCCUCGCUGUUCCCCGCCAACUCCACCUCCCCGGAGCCUCCUGGAGGAGCAGCGACGAAUCGGCGAGGAUCGAGCGGUGGUGGUGGGUUCUCCGCGACGGGUGGGCAAGCGGGAACCAAUGGCUCCAGUACAGUUGUUGCCGGUGAGCAGGGAAGAGGAGUUGAAGUAUCAAGCAGCAAUGCGGGAGGUGUUCCGAGCGGCAACUCCCCAUCCGGCAACGCUACUGCGGCGAUGCAGAGCAACCCGCCGCCCAAUGAUCAAGCGGGAGGCGGUGCCGCAGCCAAUAACUCCACCACGGGUUCCGCCGGCGAGGCUGCAGUUCCAAGCCGCAGUUCAGCCAGAAACGGCACGAUGACCAAAGAUGGUGCCCCUGAUCGGAUCAAUGGCACCGACGUGAUCGCGAGUUCAUCUGGAGAUGUCACCGCAGUGAAAGCUAAUGCAAGAAAUGCUGCCGGGUCUACUCACCAGCUAGGUGGUGCAAGUGCGAUCGUAGAUUCAAGCAAUGGAACUGCUGCUCCAUCCAUCAAUAAGACUGGGAAUGCAGCAGUGGCCACGGACGGCAAUGGCGCUGCGCCUCAGAGAGGAGGAGCCCCAGGCAAGAACCAGACUGUCCCAAAUCCGCCGGCUGCACUCGAUCAGAACAAGAGUGGAAGCAGAGCUGCUGCUUCAGGUGGAAGCAAUAGUACAAUGGAUGCUACACCACAGGGGAUUGCUAGUAACACCACAGAGGCUGCUGUCGAUGCCGGUGGUAAGAAGAAGAAAACCCAUUGGAUUGAAGCAAUGGCGAGCUGCGAUAUGUUCUAUGGAAAUUGGGUCCGAGAUGACUCAUACCCUCUCUAUCCCGAGGGAUCAUGUCCUCACAUCGAUGAGUCCUUCAACUGCCCGCUCAAUGGCCGCCCUGAUAAUGCUUACCAGAGGCUCCGGUGGCAGCCCAGCGGAUGCAGCAUUCCAAGAUUGAACCCGAGUGACAUGUUGGAGAGGCUGAGGGGGAAGAGGCUGGUGUUUGUCGGUGAUUCGCUCAACAGGAACAUGUGGGAAUCCCUGGUUUGCAUCUUGAGGAAUUCUGUCAAGGACAAGAGAAAGGUCUUUGAGGUGUCAGGCAGGCAACAAUUCAGAGCCGAGGGCUCCUAUUCUUUCUUGUUUCAGGACUACAACUGCAGCGUGGAGUUCUUCCGCUCCCCUUUCCUUGUUCAGGAAUGGGAGUUCCCCGUCAGGAAGGGUUUAACCAAGGAAACUCUUAGGCUUGACAUGAUCAGCAACUCUUUCCCGAGGUACAAGGAUGCGGAUAUCAUCAUCUUCAAUACCGGGCACUGGUGGACUCAUGAAAAAACUUCUCUAGGGAAAGAUUACUACCAAGAGGGUAACCGUGUAUACAGUGAGCUGAAUGUUGAUGAUGCCUUCCAGAAAGCUCUUAUUACCUGGGCCAAGUGGGUUGAUUCCAGUGUAAAUCCCAAGAAAACAACUGUGUUCUUCAGAGGCUACUCAUCAUCCCAUUUCAGUGGGGGCCAAUGGAAUUCAGGAGGCAGUUGCGACAAGGAAACCGAGCCAAUAACAAAUGAGAAGUUCCUCACACCAUACCCACGGAAGAUGAGCAUCCUGGAGGACGUGCUCAGUGGGAUGAAAACACCUGUUGUUUACCUGAAUAUCACAAGGAUGACUGACUACAGGAAGGAGGCACACCCUUCUGUCUACCGCAAGCAGAAGUUGACUGAGGAGGAGAAGAAAUCGCCUCAGAUAUAUCAGGACUGCAGCCACUGGUGCCUCCCUGGAGUACCCGACUCCUGGAAUGAGCUUCUCUACGCACAGAUUAUGGUUAAACAGCAUCAAAUGUUGCACCAAUAAAGGCAAGUGUGUUGAAUUACUUGUUCCUGUACAUGAGCUGUUGUUUGUAUGAGUGAGGUUAAGGAUUUUGGUAUCCUUUCAUAGAGAGAAGUAGUCAGUUAGUCACAGUCUGACAGUCGAUAUACGACCAACACGUAUUCUGUAUAGGCUCAUAGGAUUUUAUGAUGUAAAGUUCAUGUCUAGCUAGAAUUAAUCAGAAACAGAGAACAACAAUAUAGCAUACAUGAGAUGGUAUAUAUAGGAUCCUCUUCCAAGAAUCCCUGCCAUUUUUGUUAUCUGACCACUACCUUUUACAUUCUUAGCAUGGUGAUGUAGUAUCAUUUGAGUUCUUCUUGGAUAUAUUAAAGUAUAGAGAAAUAGUUGUAUUGA